UUAGCAUCUUGUUAGCAUUAACUUAUUACAGCUUCAAAAUUCAUCAAAACAUUUUUAAAUCAUAAGAACAACAUGUCUCAGAUCUUUUUUUAGGUGUUUCUUUGCCGACAGAAUAAUAGAAUGGGGUCAGUUAAUUUGUAUUAAAUAAUAGCACUCUAAUGCAAGAUGGAUAAUGUUAGCAGCCUUAAGCUGAAAUUAUGCUUUCCACGUCCGCGAGUAUGCAGCAAUAACCUGAUGAAGGUCUGUGUACCGAAACGUUGUUCCCAAUAAAUCUUCUCUAAUUGCAAGUGAAGAAGACAGUGUGCGGAUGAAUCAAACUGACUUUGAUGAUCCUCUUGACUUUUUCUGUAGCGCCUGGACACAAACAACAUGCCAGUGAUGGGAAGUUGGACUCCGUUGUUUCUACAGAGUUUCCUCCUCUUACUUCUGCCUUUCUUGCUUUAUUUUAACCCCUCGCUGGCUUACUCAUUGAAAAACUGCACUACUGAAUAUUCUAAUAAUGUGACUGAAGUUUGGGUCACAUGCAUUCAACAUGAACUGACUGCUGUUCCUGACGACAUUCCCCAAAAUGCAACAUCUCUAGAUCUCAGCUCCAAUCAGAUUUUUAAUAUCAACAGGACACAUUUAAGAGGUUUAUCAAAGCUCAGACAUUUACACAUUGAAAAUAACUGCAUUUCACAUGUAGAUGAUGGCGCUUUUGCAGACUUGGCAAAGUUAAUGGAGCUUGAAAUGGGUUCAAACAACUUCUCAAACCUGACAGACAACAUGUUUCUGGGGCUGACUAAAUUAGUUUAUUUGUCUGUGGAGAAGAACUAUAUCACAUACAUCUCCCCGCUGUCCUUCCAGCCCCUGAUCAGCUUACAGAGAGUAAUCCUGAGAUAUAACCGCCUAUAUCAAAUGUCAGAUAUUGUGCCAAUUUUACAAUUACCAAACUUAGACGAACUGAGCCUUGGUUAUAACACGUUCACGUUUUUUGAGUCACCUGACUUGCCUUUUAACAAAUCAAACAUCAGGACACUGUGGUUAAUUGGUAAUCAACUGACAAAGUUCAGCAUCACACGUGACAUUUUCCCUUGUCUUCAGUCGGUCUAUUUAACUGUCGAAACUGACUUUAAAUGGGAUGUACCUGACAAAACCUUUCUGAGGAACCUCACUGCUUUGGACUUGUUUGGGGUUGAAAUUAGUUAUGAGAUGUAUAAAGUGAUGCUGCAGAGUGUUGAGUCAGUGCAAGAGCUGUCACUGAGCUACUUACAGACUUUGCCAGAUAAAAGCCUGAUAGACAUCGCCUGCCAAACCCCAGCUCUGACAAGUCUUGAUCUGAGCUUAAAUCGCUUUGUCAGCAUCAAUAACACAUUCUUGCAGUCUUGCUCUCAACUUACUAGGCUGGAUUUAUCAUUUAAUUCACUGGAAGAGCUGUCUGAGUUUUCACUGAGAUCGAUGAAACAGCUCAGAUGUCUGGAUUUACACAAAAACUCUCUCUCUAAAGUGCCACUCGCCAUCAGAGGUUUCUCCAUGCUUGAAAUCCUGGAUCUGAGUGUCAAUUUUAUCAGUGAGUUAGGCUGCUCUGACUUUCUAAAUUUGACAAGAUUAACAGAACUCAAUCUCAAUAAGAAUCGCAUUUCAAUACUCAAAGGAUGUGUUUUUCAAGAUUUGAACGAUUUAAAAGUCCUAAAUAUUGGAGAAAAUGAAGUUCAAUUAUUUGUUGAUCCCUUCCACAUGAAUUUACAGAAACUAGAAUUUUUGAAUUUUCACAAGAAUAAUUUGAAGCAGCUCAGAAAGGACAACUUUAGGAAUCUGUCUUCUCUCCGAUCUUUAGAUCUAGAGUCAGAUACAUAUUAUGUUGCUCAUGAGGGAGCUUUUGAUGGUCUGGACAAUCUUCAAACUCUUAGCGUUACACCAUAUCUUUAUGAUACAAUGAUUUUCACAGGAAUGCAACACUUAGAAAAUCUCAAACUACAUCUCACGUCUUCCUAUAAAAGCAAGAGUUCUCAUCAACAAAAUGAACCACAUUUUUCCAAAUUACCUUACUUGAAGAGUCUUGUAAUCCAAAAUAAUGACUGGCAUCAUAUCUCGCCUGAUUUGCUGAAGGGUCUGAAAUCUUUAGAGCACUUUGCAGCAGAGAAAUUCUUCACUGACUCACCUCAUCCAGACACAUUUAAAUACACUCCUCGCCUGAUAAAUCUUCAGAUAACCAACAGUAACGUCUCACAUCCAAAACCUGAACUGUUUCAGCCGAUCCCAGACCUGAAGUCUCUCGAUCUGUCCAAAAACAAGCUCAGAUCUUUGGAUUUUCUGGCUCAAGUCGACCUGCCAGCUCUCAGCUGGUUGAAACUGAGAGAGAAUGAGUUGAUGGUGAUCAAUGAAACGGUCUUCCAGUCUCUGCCUGCACUAACAUAUCUGGACCUGCUCGGUAACCCUUUCACCUGUAACUGCUCUAACGCUGGCUUCAUCCAAUGGGUGAAGAGCAACAACCAGACACAAGUUCUUAAUGCCUACCAGUAUGCUUGUUCCUUUCCUUUGGCUGAACAAGGCAGCAAGCUGCUGGACUUUGACAUCCAGUCCUGCUGGAUGGACAUUAACUUCUUCUGCUUCAUUUCCAGCACUUGUCUGGUUGUGCUAACGCUCCUCACAUCCUUCAUCUACCACUUUCUGAGGUGGCAGCUAGUCUACAGCUUCUACCUCUUCCUGGCCUUCCUCUAUGACAGCAGGAAGAGGAAGAAGGAAUCUCCUCACUGCUACGACGCCUUCAUCUCCUACAACGUUCAUGAUGAGGCCUGGGUUUACAGAGAGAUGCUUCCAGUGCUGGAGGGAGAGCAGGGCUGGAGACUCUGUCUGCACCACAGAGACUUCCAACCAGGUAAGCCCAUCAUAGAGAACAUUACAGACGCCAUCUACAGCAGCAGGAAGACCAUCUGUGUGAUCAGCCAGUGCUACCUGCAGAGCGAGUGGUGCUCCAGAGAGAUCCAGAUGGCCAGCUUCCGUCUGUUUGACGAGCAGAAGGACGUGUUGAUCCUGCUGUUUCUGGAGGAGAUCCCGGCCAAUCAGCUGUCUCCGUACUACCGUAUGAGGAAGCUGGUGAAGAGACGCACCUACCUGAGCUGGUCGCAGGCCGGCCAACACACGGGAGUCUUCUGGCAGAACGUACGGAGAGCUCUGGAGACGAGGGACGCUCCCACCGAGAACACCAACCUGCUGACCGGACCAGCAGGAUGCUCCUACUGAACUGACACUGUACUGAUAUUUAUCAUCUUUAAUGAAUCAUUGAUUAUCAGUAAUUUGUUAAUCAUCAUCAAUGUCUGAUCAACAGUCAAAAACUCCAAAAUAUUCACGCUAAGUUUACAGUUUCAUGUCUGACACUGAAAAGCUUCAAAUUCUCACAUCUGAUAAGCUGCAACUAGCAAAUAUUUGACAUUUUUGCUAUAAAAGACAAAAAAUAUUACUCAAUUAUGAAAAUAGCUGCAGAUUGUCUGUUGAUCAACUGAUUGAUCAAUAAGCUAAAAGGCUCCAUCCGUUCAGUGGUGUCAGUUUCUUCAGUGUGCAGAUUUGUAAACUGAAUAUUUGAGUUCUGGACAUUUGGAGACAUCAGGUUGAUAUUUUAUAGACUUAAAGCUUAAGAGUAAAUGUUAGUUGCAGCUCUAGUUGUAGCUGAGGUUUGUUCACACUGCUCUUAUUUCCUUGUUUACUUCAGAACUGCACUGAAGUUGGUUUGUGGUUUUUCAGUUUGACAGCAACAUUAUUAGCCUGUAUCAGUAUGUGAUGGCCGCACCGGCAGAUUCAAAUAUUUAUAUCCAUCCUUAUGUCUCAGCGGGAUUUGGAAAAACUUGUCCAUGCAUUUAUCUUCAGUAGACUCGACUACUGUAACGCUGUCUU